CCAACCAGACAACCACCAACAGAAUCUCUCUGCCACAGUGCAAUCGUUUGUUUGUAGUUUACGCCUACGGAGUUGAAGAAAGAAGCUCUAUCACGUCGCUUGCCUUCUGAAAGCGCUUUCUCUCCGCAUGUCUAGCGCUGUGCAGCUCUCAUUUCCUACUUGUGCGUUUGAACCUUCGAGUUUGAUUCACAGUGGAAGACUGCGAAGUCGUAGUCAGAUUUUCUGUAACCAAACUGACUUUCGUGGUGGAGGAAACGAUGAAAAGAACGGCGUUGAUUGUGGCAGAGGACACAGCCAGCGGCGAGUAAUCUUAGUCGAGAAAUACGGAAACAGCGCUGUGAAGAAGUAUUGUCUAGAUGAUAACCUACAGUUGCAAACUUUUCUUGACGAACAAACAUCUUCGACAUCCAAGGGGUUCGAAGGAUCUCAAUUUUCAGAAACAAAAUUAUCCUGGCUUCCAGAUGUGAUAAAAGAUUUUAUCUUACCUUCGGGAUUCCCAGAAUCAGUGUCUGACGAUUACUUGCAGUACAUAAUACUGCAGUUCCCCACUAAUGUUACUGGAUGGAUCUGCCAUACGUUGGUCACAUCCAGUCUACUAAAGGCAGUUGGUAUAGGCUCCUUCUCUGGAACUACUGCAGCUGCAUCUGCUGCUGCCAUCAGAUGGGUCUCCAAGGAUGGCAUUGGAGCUGUUGGGCGCUUAUUCAUUGGUGGACGGUUUGGUAAUCUUUUUGAUGAUGAUCCAAAACAAUGGCGCAUGUACGCAGACUUGAUUGGUAGUGGGGGAAGCAUCUUUGAUCUUGCUACUCCACUGUAUCCAAGCUAUUUUCUACCAUUGGCUUCUCUUGGAAAUCUUAUCAAGGCUGUUGCGAGAGGACUGAAAGAUCCUUCAUUUCGAGUUAUUCAAAGCCAUUUUGCAAUUUCAGGAAAUUUGGGAGAAAUAGCAGCAAAGGAAGAAGUUUGGGAAGUAGUUGCCCAGCUGCUCGGUCUCGCCCUUGGCAUCCUAAUCUUGGAUACACCAGGACUUGUAAAUUCACAUUCAGUGUUAUCAUUGACAUGGUUAAGCAUGCGACUUCUGCAUCUUUGGUUUCGAUACCAAUCACUUGCUGUCUUGCAUUUUAACACCAUAAAUUUGAAGCGUGCUCGUAUUCUAGUAAGGGCUCACAUUUUGCACAACAAAGUUCCAGGAACAGUUGACUGCAACAGCCAAGAGAACAUAUUAGUGUGGGAAAGGUUUACCAGGCCAUCAAUUAUCUUUGGUGUAUCAUUGGAGGUGAUGAUGGGUGGUGAAAGAUCAUCUUCCACGGUUAUGAAACUUCUGAAAUUAUAUGCCAAUGAGAAAUACAUCCUCAUGCUGAACUCACAAGGCAAAGACUUAAAAGUAUUUGUUUCCUUUAAGGUGGGUGCCUCUAGCAUGUCAGUCUUACGAAGUAUUUGGCAGACUUACUGGCUGGACAAGCACUGGGAUAGCACAGAGGGCGUUGUCGAUCAGCUUGCACGAAGCCUAUCGGAAAUGGAAGACAAGUUUAAUGACUUUAUGCAACUGUUGGAGGGAGGUGGAUGGGAUACACAUCAAUUGAGUUUGAAGGUACCAAACAACGUCUUAAUCGAUUUUUGUUAAUUAAUCUUGUACUUCUUGGACCUUUGAGGUUUCAAGGGUUCAUAAAUUUGAAAAGUUUCUGCAUCUCUACUAUUACCCUUAAAAUCAA